UAGUGGACUGCACUUCCCGGAAACAGCCAUUCCUGAAUACAAAAAAUGGCGACUCUGUCCGUGUGUCAGCCUCAAUUCGGAGGUUUCAGUUUCGAAAAUUGUAAGAGGAAUACUCUGCUAGAAGCUAACAUCACUAAACUUGGAUAUGGCCUUCCUGUGGGUCGCAAAACUGGCACAACUAUCUGUGGAAUUGUGUAUAAGGAUGGAGUAGUCCUGGGAGCUGAUACGAGAGCAACUGAAGGAAUGGUCGUAGCGGAUAAGAACUGCUCUAAAAUCCACUACAUCUCUCCAAACAUCUACUGUUGUGGAGCUGGUACAGCAGCAGACACUGAGAUGACCACUCAGCUGAUUUCAUCUAAUUUGGAGCUGCAUUCUCUCUCCACCAACCGCCUUCCGAGGGUUGCCACUGCCAACCGCAUGCUCAAACAGAUGCUCUUCAGGUACCAAGGAUACAUUGGUGCCGCACUGGUAUUGGGAGGGGUUGAUUGCAAUGGCCCCCACCUAUAUAGCAUCUACCCUCAUGGCUCAACAGACAAACUACCUUAUGUUACCAUGGGCUCUGGCUCUCUGGCUGCUAUGGCUGUGUUUGAAGAUCGAUACAGACCUAACAUGGAGGAGGAAGAAGCAAAGCGUCUGGUGCGUGAUGCAAUAGCAGCAGGCAUCUUUAAUGACUUGGGCUCAGGCAGCAACAUCGACCUGUGUGUGAUUACCAAAGACAGAGUGGACUAUCUGAGACCACAUGACCAGGCCAACCAGAAGGGUGUCCGAAGUGGUGACUAUAAGUACGGGCAUGGCACCACAGGUGUUCUGACAAAGGCAGUGACCCCACUUCAGCUGGAAGUGGUGGAGGAGAGUGUGCAGACCAUGGACACUUCCUGAAGACAUCAACACUGACCUUUAACCUUUCACCCUGACCCUGUUCUGGCUGGAGAUCAGUUUUCUUCCAAUGUUUACAAUAAAAUAUGUUGUGAAGAGUAGCUCCUGUGGUUCUUACCAAUACUUUAGACAUGCAUGGUGGCAUCAUGUAUUUAGUGAUAUUGAAGGGACCUCCACUGAACUGAGCAAAUUUUGAUGGGGUUUGUGUGAGAGAUACUUUGCCAGUCAGAACUUUGGCUCAGAGUAUUAGCAUACACACA